CGGCGCCGCCCGCCCCCCCGCGCUGCCCGGCCGGUCCUUCCCGGCGACGGCUCCGCAACCCCGCGGGCCGGUCCCGGGCAUGCGGCGGCAGGACCCGCGGCGAGACUCCCCGCAGCGCGGCGGCUGCCUGCCCCGGGGGGCCGGGCGGCGCUGUCCCGGCGCGGGGGGGCUCUGACCAUGCGGGGCGGGCGCUGCUGGCUGCUGCUGGCGGCGCUGGGCUGGCUGCUGCCGGCGGGGGCCGCGGCCAGCGGCGAGUACUGCCACGGCUGGCUGGACGGACAGGGCGGCUGGCGGGACGGCUUCCAGUGCCCCGAGCGCUUCGACGGCGGCGACGCCACCAUCUGCUGCGGCAGCUGCGCCCUCCGCUACUGCUGCUCCAGCGCCGAGGCGCGCCUGGACCAGGGAGCCUGCGACAACGACCGGCGGCAGGGCGGCGGCGAGCCGGGCCGGCCCGGCAAGGACGGCCCCGACGGCGCGGCAGUGCCCAUCUACGUGCCGUUCCUUAUUGUUGGAUCUGUAUUUGUCGCCUUCAUCAUCCUGGGGUCACUGGUGGCCGCUUGCUGCUGCAGGUGCCUGCGGCCCAAGCAGGAGCCCCAGCAGAGCCGAGCCCCUGGGGGCACCCGCCUGAUGGAGACGAUCCCUAUGAUCCCAAGUGCCAGCACAUCCCGGGGCUCCUCCUCCCGCCAGUCGAGCACGGCUGCCAGCUCCAGCUCCAGCGCCAACUCGGGGGCCAGAGCACCCCCGACCAGGUCCCAGACCAACUGCUGCUUGCCGGAAGGGACCAUGAAUAACGUCUACGUCAACAUGCCAACGAACUUCUCGGUGCUGAACUGCCAGCAGGCGACCCAGAUCGUGCCGCACCAGGGGCAGUACCUGCACCCCCCGUACGUGGGCUACGCUGUGCAGCACGACUCGAUGCCGCUGACCCCGGUGCCCCCGUUCCUCGACGGUCUGCAGAGCGGCUACCGGCAGAUCCAGUCUCCCUACCCGCACACCAACAGCGAGCAGAAGAUGUACCCAGCUGUGACUGUGUAGCGCUGACGCCUUCCUCCCCCUCCCACCUGACAGGUUUUAAUAUCUAAACUGAACGGAGGAGAAAUACUUCCUCGGAACGAAGCUCCCAGAACAUCACUUGUAAAUAAUUUUGCAAGGCUCAUGCAUGUCAGACAGUGUUUAUAAACCAUUUAUUUUUCAUCGGGGUCUGUUGCCAGAAACUGUAGGAUGAUAUCUUUGAAUUAACAUUGCCAGAUACGCUCUCAUUCCAGCGCAUGAUUUACAGCGGCGAAGGAUUAUGCUGAAAAUGCAUAUGCAUUUCAGAUCACUGUACUUGCGAGAUAAAUGCCGGAGCCAUUAAGUGCCCUUCAGGUAUGACAUGGUCAGAAGUAUUUGCCUAAUUAAUUCGUAGAAAGAGUUUUGUUACACUGUACAAGACCGCAGUACUUAGGAAACCUCUUUCCUCCUCUCCCAGCUGCUUAGUGACAUUUCCCUUUGCUUUCCAGACAAUCACGACGGAGAGCCGAACGGUGCAAUCCCUGCCUGCUGGGUGCCGGUACCGGCCCCCGUGUUUUCUUAUGUGCCCCCGGUUUGGGGUGCAAUGCCACAAAAGGCUUAGUCUUGCAAAGACCGAUUUUCUUUGUCUCAGAUAUUUAUGUAGAAAUCAGAAGAGUGUGAAUUAUUCAGCUCUUCCUUCCAGUGCACUUGAAACCCUUCUUGAUUUGGUUUUGCCUCAAGAUCAGGACCCAGUAGUGCUUUGCACAGACUUUGUUUAUCUUUGUGAACUUUUUACUAAAAACAGGGUACGAGGUGUUUGCUCUUCCUGACGCUCAGCAGAGCGUUUGGUACAGCUGGCAGCAUCUGAGCUGAAAACGCCUUUGCAGAGAAAGGUCGGACUGUGACUCCAAAUACGCCUGAUUUAACCUCACUUCCCAUGAAACAGUAAACUCGUGUGACUGUGCAGGAAGUUGUCAGACCCAAACCCUGCUUGUGAUUGAGUCUGACUGUAGGAAAACGGGCUUUGUUGCCCCGCCAGCCCACCCCGAGUCCCCAGCCCUGCUCCCCGGGGGUUCACACAAGCCACCCCAGCCUGGGCAGAGAGGGACUGGCGGAGGUUCGAAACCCAUCCCUGUUUCUUCUUUACUUAUGGGACAGAGGAGUAGGAAGGCACAGCUGUGUUUUAAAACAAGGUAAAAGGCCCAACCAAAGGAUGAAGGUGCUUGUGGCUCGCAGUGAUGCCGCAGGGGUCAGGGAGGAGUGUGGUACUGGGGGGACACUCUUUGCACUGGAGCUGCUGGCUCCGUCCAGCUUGGCUUCGUCUGGGGAAAAAUACCGCAACAGCGCACCAGGAGUAAUCAGACUGUGCUAACUGUGAUAUGUCACCCUGGAUGCAACAAACUGAACUGUUUAAGGCUGGUUUUGUCUCUUAAAAAAUGUGGUCUCUACAUUUCUAUCCAGUUACUCUUCAGCCAAAAUACCGCAACAGAGGAUGGGGCGGGGGGGGUGGGGGGCAAAACCGGGCAGUUGCAGUAAACAGAGCAGAUAAAAGGUUUCUUAUUGUCUGAUACUGUAUCAGUAUGUAGCAAUAACUGUGAUACUACUAUUUUUUUGUAUGUCUGUUUUUAAAUUACACAUACAUGCAGGAGCAUUGCCAAAUGCAAUGGUUUACUUGUAAACAUGCCACACACAAGUAGUUGGCAGUGGGCAGAAAUGCUUUGGCCACUGACACAUGAAAGUGAAUAGGACUUUAUCCCAGCUCUGCUGUUCUGGCUGCCAUCACCCCAUCCAGCACGUAGGACCUGGGCAGACAGGUUGGCUGAUGAGACCAGGCUGGGCAGCUUUGGCAAGGCAGGGACCGGCUGCGGGCAGCACUGCGCGCUGCUCGGCCCUCGUCUGCUCUGCCUCUCAGGGCAGCUGGGUGCUCCCGGGCUUUGAAGGACCCAACAUACACACGGGUCUCAUGGAAAAUUAGGUUCCUACCUUCCCAAGUUCUGUCUGAGGCAAACAAAGCAGCUCAGGCACUCUGACCUUGCAAAGCUGGGUUUGCAUCUGGUGCGGGGGCUCGCGUGCCUUUGGCUGCUGGUGGCUUUGGCAGGAGCUGGAGGUGCUUGGGCCCAGGUGAGACCCAGCCGGUGGCCAGGAGACGAGCCCAUCCCACCUUCAGUGUUGUUCCCAACUGUGAACCCCGUCAGCACUCGCCUCCCACUGUCAGGGCGCUGCCUGCCUUGCACAUGCCCUGGCCAGGACACCCCCGCUGACCUUUGACAUUCAGGUGAACCUCUUUGUACAUUGUUUACUUGUUUUUUUAAAAAAAAGCGUAAGUUAAAUUUAAGUCUGUAGAAAUUAAUUUACAACUGAAAGCAGAGAAACCUGAGUUGUAAUAAAAGGACGUUUGUGAGAUGUGGUGGGUGGUUGUUUUUUUUUGUCAUGUACAGUAAUGUAAGCCCAAUAUUACCAUUCGAUAUAGCUUUUAAAUCUUUGAAAGGGCACUUGCUUUAAAGUGUUUCAUACAAAUGAAGAAAAAAAAGCCCCCUUUGUUUCUUAAUAAACACUUUAUGGUGUGA